AGUAUCAAAAUUUACACAUGAUUUGAGACUCAAAUCUCCCUAAAGCUUCCAUAAUUUAUCUAAUUUGCAUCAAAACUGUAUGAAGAAAACAGCAGGAGCUAAUAAUGGUCAUGUAUGAUUGAUCUGCAGCUCAAGUAUCCUGUCCCUGGGGCACCAGAACUAGCCCUGAGGGUGAAAGAAUUGCUCCGAGAUGCCGGCUUUAACAGUGUGGAGGAAGACAGAGCUCGUGGGCUCGACCAUGGGGCCUGGGUCCCAUUGAUGCUCAUGUACCCGGAAGCUAACAUACCAGUAUGCCAGCUUUCAGUUCAGUCUCACAAGGAUGGAACAUACCACUAUAACAUUGGUAAGGCAUUGGCUCCACUCAGGGAUGAAGGUAUUCUCAUUUUUGGAUCAGGGAGUGCAACGCAUAAUCUAAAGUUGCUUGACCGGGAUGAUGUGGAAACACCCAAUUGGGCUGUGGACUUUGAUAAUUGGCUCAAAGAGUCUCUCCUCAAUGGAAG